GCAGAUGAGUUGUAUGCCAACCGUUCUUGUUAAAUGUUAAAUGAGGCUUUAGGGUGAAAACCUCAAAGUGGAACUGGUUCUACUCCAUGAACACAGCAGUUGACCUGAAUAAAUAAUCGUUUAUGUUUGCUGAUUUGAAGUUGUUGCUUUGACGUGCUAAACCAUUAGCCCCGUACAAAGUCAAGCUUUUGUUGUUUGAUUUUAGGUGGAAUCCAACCAUCAUCUACCAAUCAUUUUUGGUGACUAUGUUGCAGAAUGUUACAGAAGUCACCCUGCUUCUCUCGCCACAAUUUCUGAGAAAGACAUUUUCUUAUGGGUCAUGAACCUAAUUUGCGAGAAACACAGCCUACUUCUGCCUCUGUUUGAAUAUAAAAAGGUCUACUUAUUCCUUCCUACUUUGUUAAAAUUAAGGGGUUAAGGUGAAAACUAGGAGCAAUUGGUAUUAGCUGUAAUAAAGUGUGGAAAAAGCUUGGUCUAAACUUGACCCUAGGCAGGGUAGGCCUAAUUGAGCCGUUACAUGAACCUAAAACAAUUAAGGAUUGUUGUUAUAUAACCUCGCAGGGUUAUACACCACAACACUAGCCAUGUGAAUGGCCCACUUGUGUUCUCCCACAAGGCCUUUGUUGUGGGGGGCUACAUGUGAAAGAUGCACCACCGCACAACCGUUUUCACAUUCUGCCCUCCGAAAAUGUACACUCCAGCCUGUCAAUUGCAACGGUUAUUUUUAAUACCUGGAUAACACGGAUAAAACAUUUUAAUUAGCUCUCAUAUCUAUUUUUCAAAACAUCCCCUGCUCGUCUCGACGCAAGCGCACAAUAAGCAGCGCACAAGCAAAUCAGCCACAGGCUAGACGGCUGACGUCAGAGCGCGACUGAACGCAGAGCCCGCGUGCAAUCCCAGCUUUUUCCCCCCUUUUCCCCCUCUAGCGUCCGACGUCCCGUGCACAAUGAAUACGCUCGUGCUCAGCGAUGCGUCUUGAAUAUAGACUCAGCAGCAGCAGAGUCUAUAUAUAUACCUACAUUUGCUCGAGGAGCUGCGUUUGAGCCUGCGAGGGAGCGUUGUAGAGAGAGGGAGGGAGGGUGUGGAGGGGAGAAAACACGGCCAUUCCCAUCCCUUCUCGCGAUAUGGGAAUGUAGUCCGGUGCCUUGAUAACGUCGGCGGAUUCUGUGCCUCAUAAAGAGACCUUCCGAGAUGCACCGUGGGCUCAUCGCUGCCGCCGCCAACCGCAGCAGCAGCAGCCCUACAAGGAGGAGCCCCGUAUCUGAUUGCGGACCGGUUCCGCCGCUAUGGUGUUCAGACGGAGAACAAGGAGGAUGUGCGGGCUGGGCUGCUACCGGCCAGGGCCCCUGUGGCUGUGGAAAGCCCUCCUGGUGUUUGUUGCCAUCGCCUUCGCCGGGCAACUCAUGGGUCUCAUUUUCAACAAGAGCGUCCAGCCGGCUACGCGCCUGCUGUUCUACGCCUCCGACGUCCAGGGGCCCCCGUUGGGCUCCUGCCGGCCCCACACCCACCUCAUGUUCCUGAAGACCCACAAGACGGCCAGCAGCACGGUCCUCAACAUGCUCUACCGCUUCGGCGAGGAGCACGGCCUCCGCUUCGCCCUGCCGAUGGGCUACCAGCUGGGGUACCCCCUGCUGUUCAACGCCCACCGGGUCAAAGGUUACCAGGGGCCCCGAGUCCUGGACUUCGACAUCAUGGGAAACCACAUGAGGUUCAAUAAGCCUGAGGUAGAGAAGGUGAUGCCUGAGGACACCUUCUACUUCUCCAUCGUCCGGGACCCCGUGGCCCUGACGGAGUCCUCCUUCGCCUACUACAAGGAGGUGGCCCCGGCCUUCCGCAAGGCCAAGAGCCUGGGCGACUUCGCCGACAACCCCCGGCAGUACUACGACCCGCGCCUCCGCAACAACCACUACGCCCGCAACCUGCUGUGGUUCGACUUCGGCAUGGACCACAACGCCAACUUCUCGGAGGGCCUGGCGCUGCGCGGCGAGGCCCUGGUGCGGCGGGCCUUCCGGCUCAUCCUGGUGUCGGAGUACUACGACCAGUCCAUGGUGCUGCUGCGGCACGCCCUCUGCUGGCCGCUGGACGCCGUGGUGUCCUUCAGCCUCAACGCCCGCCAGCAGAAGCCGCCGGGUGGGGCCGGCGGCGGCGGCGGCGAGAGCUGGAUGGACAAGGCGGCGGCGGCGGCGGUGGCGGCGGCGGUGGGCGUGCGGGGCGGGCGGCCGCCGAUGCGGGCGCCGCCCGACCUGUCGCUGACGCCGGCGCAGCGGGAGAAGCUGCGGGAGUGGAACGCGCUGGACUGGCACCUGUACCAGGCCUUCAACCGCAGCUUCUGGGAGGACGUGCGGCGCUUCGGGCCGGAGCGCAUGGACCAGGAGGUGGCGCUGCUGCGGGCGCGGCGGGACCAGCUGGCCCGCGUCUGCCUGCGCAACGGCGGGAGGCCCGUGGAGGCGCAGCGCAUCAGGGACAAGGGCAUCCGGCCCUUCCAGAGCGGCGUGGUGAAGAUCCUGGGCUACGAGCUGCAGCCGGGCCUGGACAACGGCACCACCGAGGCCUGCCUGCGCCUCAUCCGGCCGGAGAUCCAGUACAAGGACGUGCUGGACGCCAAGCAGUUCCCCCGGCCGCAGUUCGUCAAGGGGCCACCGGGCCAGCGGCCCCGGGGCCCGGCGAUGGCGGUCGGAGGGGGCUACGUGGGAGGGCGCCCCUUGUGGAACAGAGAGAGACUCCCCCAAGGAGCGGGAGAGGGGGCAGGGCCCCGGGGGGGCUGGACUAUGGCGGCGGCGGAGAGGGAGUGGUUGGCGAGGCAAAACCAGACUUCGCUCCUACGAGCCGACGCCAAAGGGAGACUGAGAUAGUGUGGGGGCGGGGGGGGGACCCCACGAGGCCCACGCUAGUUCAACUCCACCUUGUGCUGCUCUACCAGGACCUACCCUGCCGUACCUUACCGUAUGCCUUUUAACUGGACCAACUGAAAAGGAUUGCUUCUCCAUUUGUUAUAUUUUAAUGCGUUUGUCAUUACGACGGGGAGAAAGUUCCCGGUACGAUUCCAUUGCUGUGAAAGGGGUAUGGCAUUCCAGACUUCAGCAGACAGCUGAUUUGUGUCAUUUCCAUGGUAGAGAAUGUCUCAUAUUUCAAGUAGGUUUUUAAAUUGGUCCCAUUAACAGGGGCGAUUCUAGGUAGUGUGGGGGCCCUAGGCAGAGGAUUGUUGGGGGGGGGGGGGGGGGGGUGGAGCGAUUUUU